ACAAUAAACCUAGCUAUAGCUGAUCUAACCUCUCUUUUCUAUUUGUUGAUGAGUGUAAAAUAGGUUUCUAAUAGUUGACCAGCUCGACUAAUGGUGGGUAAAGCUUGAUUUCCCCAUAUUUUAUGCUUAUAGUUCUGUACUCUGGAUGAGAUGUUGCAAAGUUUCUAAUAGUUGACCAGCUCGAUUAAAGGAUGAGCACUGGCAGCCUGAAGGCCUUGUUGGCUGCAGCAGUCACCAAAGGUGUGACUGAGGCAAGGGCAAGAAUCUUUGGACAUAUGCUUAACCCCACAGGACAGAGGUCUCCUCACAAGAUUUUACGCAAGAAGCUUAUUGGUGCCAAAGUUGCAGAUUGGUACCCGUAUGACAUCAAGAAAGAUGAUCCCAUUGUAAUGGGCCGUCAAGAAGAAGAACGCUUAUCAAAGCUUGAAAUGUUGAAGCGUCGUGGAAAGGGAGCACCGAAGAAAGGCCAAGGAAGGCGUGCAGUCAAACGUAACAAGUAGAGAUGACAGGUUUUGAUUGUUGAGGAACUAGAUCGGUUGCCUGUGAUUGGGAAUUAUUUAAACUUCAUUUAAUUUUUAUUUAAUUUUUUUAGAUUUUACCUA